CAGGAAGCGGGCUCCUGAUGCUGCAGAGAUGAGGACCAGACCUGCAGGAAUCGGCAACGUCAAUGCCGACUGGAUGGGUUCUCUGCCAUCCAGACUUAGUGCCAUGCCCCUCAAAUGCCUCGCGGUGCCAGGAUCUCAUGACUCCUUCACGUUCUGGGUAGAUGUGCACGCGCCUGUGGCUCCAGAUCAGAAGGCCUAUGUGAAGUAUCUGGCCACUAUGUUCAGCGUCUUGGCAAAGAAGGUUAUGGUAAAGUGGUCAAUGACACAGAAUCUGACAUUCAGGGAGCAGCUCGAUGCAGGAAUCCGUUACUUUGAUCUCAGAGUUUCCUCUAAACCAGGAGAACUGGGCAACGAGAUCUAUUUUAUCCACGGCCUCUUUGGACACAAGGUGAGGGAUGGCCUGUUAGAAAUUAACACCUUCCUAACCAGACACAGGAAAGAGGUGGUGUUUUUGGAUUUUAAUCAUUACUAUGCAAUGGAGGCAGAGCAUCACGUCCAUCUCAUUAGCAUGCUGCAACAAGUGUUUGGCAGCAAGCUGUGCAAAAACUGUGCUGUGGAAAGCAUCACUCUGGACUACAUGUGGGAGAAGAAAUACCAGGUGAUUGUAUUCUACCAUCAUCCGUCAGCACAGAGUAUCCCUGUCAUGUGGCCUGGAAAUAAAAUUCCCGCUCCCUGGGCAAAUACCACUGAGCCAAACAAGCUUAUACAGUUCCUUGAGAUGACACUAAAGGAAAGAGCCAAACAGGGGUCCUUCCAUGUUACCCAGGCUAUCCUCACACCAACAGUCAACACUGUGGCUAAGGGUCUUGUGUGGGGACUGCGCAGUUACCUGGUGGAGAGAAAUCUGCCAACCAUCAUGUCCUGGAUUGAAAGUCAGAAGCCAGGGGUGGAUGGAGUCAACAUCAUCACCUCUGACUUUGUGGAACUCACUGACUUUGCCAACGUUGUCAUCAAACUCAAUAACCUGCUGCUGUCUGAAAAGAAGCUCAAACCAAGAUGACCCAUGUACUCUUUGUUGACACACAUUUCAUUGUGAAAUUAUAGUAACUAUUAUUUUUUUAAUUUAAUUUAGGAUUUUUUAAAUUGAAUUAAUCACAUACAAAGCUUCUGUUAACUGAUAGAUACACUUAGAUUUAAGUUCUUCUGAAAUUAAAAAGCCUUUAAAUCUUCCUGGAACUCGUUAGUUUUGGUUGUAGCUCCAGUGAACAGAGUUCUGAAGACUUAGAAGGAGCCAUAGUUGAGAUCAGAGAGUGGCAGGCGUGCCCAGCAGCACAGUUAUAAAUCCUCCUCAUAAGGCUGACCAAAUCCUGUCAUGCUACAGCUCUGGCUGCUUUUUUGCAUUCCAUCUCCAACUGGAACCAAGUUACUGAAAAACAUUAUUUCAUCUCAAGACAAUUCAAUUUCCAGCUGAUGAAACGUUUGAAUGAACACAUUCUCAGAAAAGAAAAGCACACACUCACAGUCUCUUCUUGUGUGUUGUGUGUGCAUUUAUAUCAAUCAAUAGCUACACUCAGCUACACUUCGUUUCCAAAAUCAGGAUUUAUAUGAAAAAAAGUGUUCACCAUUCCAUGAUUAUGGAGAAAAAUCCAUUUAGCCGUUUUCCUUGUGAUUUUUGAUUUAACAGUUUCUCAAAGCGAAUUCUGUCUUACUAGUAACACUUAUAGAAACUGCAGACUGUGGCAUCUUCCCAUAGUGGCAUGUACUUUAAAAGGGAAACCCAAAUAUGUGUAAAAAAAAUAAUUGUGCCACAGGUUCAUUUAAAUAUGCUAACAUACAAAUGCAGCUACACCUUUUGCUUGGAUGCAGAAAUAGAAAUGUGUAAUAUGUUGGAAAUGUGCAAAAUAUUGGAAAAAGGUGGUUGUGGGAGGUGGAAGAUUCAAUUUUUAAUCUUGCAUUUCAAGUUUGUACUAGGAUCCGUGAAAGCAGAAUACUUAAUACAGAUGAUAUUUUUUGUAUUCUUGUGUAUUUGUAUGUGUGUGUGCCUUGCAGGCUCAGUGAUUAUGUAUGAUGGUAGCGCUGUGACAGUCGUCGUGCAUUGUUGUGGGCAGAUUAGGGAGAGGAACAAUGCACAGACCGAAGGGAGAAAAAAUGCUUGAGGGAAAAGACAGAAGAAACAAGCAACUUUAGGAACGAUAAGGAAAAAUUCAGUCAGAAUACUUUAAAGGAAACUAUUUGUGGAAAAUCUCAGGAAGUUUAUGAGAUAAAAUGUUAGACUUAUGUAACAUUUUUACCUACUCUGGCAACACUAAGCUCUAUAAUUACAUAAUCCAUUGGGUGGUUAAAGUUUGUAGAGCACUUUUAUUAAAUCUCUUUAUACCUGUAUGUAUUAUUUCACAUCACUGUAGUGUAGAAGCAAGUAGAGCAAACGUUAAUUUUUUUUUCCGCAUACAGCACACCAAACCGUCUGCUUAUAUCAGCUUGUACAUUUUAUUUUUUCUAGUGUUUCAAUCAAAACUUGUCACAUACAGUAAUACCUGGCAGCUAUUCAAAAAAGGCACUAUGCACUCUUAAUAUCCGCAGGAUUCUGGUCUUUUUCUUGACCAAGUCAAAGGGAAAUACAAUAUUUUCUUUUAAUAAAGGUUUUUCACAGUGACCCACCCUUUUGUGAAUCCACUUCUAGCUUCACGUCUGACCUUUUGACACGUUUGGUCAUCAAACACCUCGAGGUCCACAAGAAGACAAACAAAGGCACUUUAAUUGUGGAGUAAUUACACAUACCAUGGCGGGCAAGUGGGAGAGCAGCAGGCUGGACAGUGAGCAUUCCUGCGAUGUUGGGAUCGAGCUUCUCCUUCUUUUCUUGUCUCUCACUUCACUGUAUCCCGUUUGGCUUCCCUGGUUUAAAAGGAGGAAAUGACUUGAACAGGAGUUUUUUAACUCAAUAAAGACAUAAAGCAUUCAAA